AUGAACGAAGAGAGGUAUUUUAACCAAUCAAGAUACAAUUGUCGGGUCGUCUGUCUGUCUACUUAUUGGUUAUUCACUGUCCAAAUCCUCAACCAGCUACACUCUUUAAAAGACCUUCAAAUUUAUUUUCUUUUUAUGUUAGUUUCUCUGUCUGGCCGUGUUUCUUCUUCUUCUUCUUCUUCUUCUUCUUCUUCUUCUUCUUCUUCUUCUUCUUACUCCUUGAGACGGCGACUGUACGCGUAUCUAUUUGCUUGUUUCUUUCUUUCACAGUCAAUUCAUAUCUAUCUAUCUAUCUAUCUAUCUAUCUAUCUAUCUAUCUAUCUAUCAUGUCACUGUUCAUAUCUAUCUAUCUAUCUAUCUAUCUAUCUAUCUAUCUAUCUAGUCACUGUUCAUAUCUAUCUAUCUAUCUAUCAUGUCACUGUUCAUAUCUAUCUAUCUAUCUAUCUAUCUAUCUAUCUAUCAUGUCACUGUUCAUAUCUAUCUAUCUAUCUAUCUAGUCACUGUUCAUAUCUAUCUAUCUAUCUAUCAUGUCACUGUUCAUAUCUAUCUAUCUAUCUAUCUAGUCACUGUUCAUAUCUAUCUAUCUAUCUAUCUAUCUAUCUAGUCACUGUUCAUAUCUAUCUAUCUAUCUAUCUAUCUAUCUAUCUAUCUAUCAUGUCACUGUUCAUAUCUAUCUAUCUAUCUAUCUAUCACUGUUCAUAUCUAUCUAUCUAUCUAUCUAGUCACUGUUCAUAUCUAUCUAUCUAUCUAUCAUGUCACUGUUCAUAUCUAUCUAUCUAUCUAUCUAUCUAUCUAUGUAUCUAUGUAGGCUUACGUCUAUGUCACUUUAAUCUAUCUGGCCUAUCGAGUCUUAAAAUAUGUCUAUCAGUUUUUCUUUACGUAUAUGGAUCGUGUGAGAGGCUUGGGCACGUCUGGAUAUGUACACGACGGCACCUUCAGCGCGAAGGAGAUCGCCAACCAAGUACGGCGGAGGAGAAACAUUGGACAAAUCCCACCCGUAUAUCCUAA